ACACUUUCUUGGACAUUUCGGUACGAUGACAUACACCGCCUUAUGACUAGCCCGGUGGAUCACCAGUAUAUAUACUCUCUCGUGUAUAAAACCACCUUUGUGUGCCGCUCGACAACGACGUAGGUUUCGAGUGUAGAACACGUUUACUCGAAUUGAUCUGUCAGGGCCCGGAGGAGCAGUACAUUGAACAGAACCCAAACCUUUUAACAAGCACUGCACAACAUGGGCUCCAUAACAUAUUUCACGGAUUCCCCUCCGAGCCUACCCCCAACCGAACACGUCCUGACCGCCCUCGACAACGUUCAAACUCGCGGCUACCACUGUCGAGCCCUGCUCCUCCCCUGGCCACACUCCCUCUGCGCAGCCAUUCUCGAGCCGGCCCUGAUCCGCACUCUCCUCCCCGACUUCUCCUUUCUCGCUUCAUGUCAACUCGGUCCCGCCUCGGCCGCUUCCUCAACCAUUUCUGAUCACGAUGCCAUCGACACGCCUGACCCUGAUCCCUAUACCAAUGCUAGUAGACCCCCUCAUCGCUCCUCCAACCCUAACACCAACCGGAACUUCGCCUUGCAACAUCUCAGUAACCUUACACAAGGCGACAUAGUGUACAUGUACUUUGAAGGCGGGAGAGAUCCAAGUCACCUCCUCCGUCCCGGUCCCCAUCCGCUCGAGCGUCUUCCAGAAGAGCGGUCCAAUACUGACGGUGACGAGGAUGCAUACACCGCCGCCGCCGCCGCCCACAGACUACAACUCUACCUCCGCCUCCCAAUCCAGACUCCAGAAGAGGCCGUCCGUCAGUUGAUCACCCACCAUGCAGAGCAAAGGUUGGAAAUGUCUUUUGAGGAACUAAUCCAGGGCCCCUAUCCGUUCCGCGUUCCUGACAUUUGUUUCCGAAUUCCUCCUCUCGACGGCCGAAUGGAUUUUCCCAGAUAUGGACCACCUCGUCAUUCUCGGUUAGUUGAUGCCAUGACCGUCCAGCGCAGUAGGCUUCUUGGAGGAGGCGAAUUCUCAUCAUCAUCAGACGCAACGGGAAUGGUCCUGGGGAUUGCGAUACACCAGGCUGUAGCAGAUGCGGCAGACGUCGAAGUCAUCAUGUCAAGGCUGAGGAGGGAGCUUUUGAGAGAGGUUGGUGUUGGAUUUGAACACGAAGGGGACAUGCUUCGCUGA